UCAACAAACCGAACUGGGGAUGGCGCAGAAGUUGAAAUGUGGAAAAUUACAGGAUCUGCGAAAAUGUAUAAGGGCUGUGCAGUUGUCCGAUCAGACGUUAGAAUCAGACGAUUUUCUUGUGUUGGCGGUGCAAAGAUACUUGGCUGACCCGAAACACUGGGCACAGGUUGGGAUAUGUGAUGGAAAUCAGAAAGAUAUGGUCCUGGAUGUUAUAGAGGUUGUACUGACUGAUGGGGAAUACAAGGUCAAGGUGAUACUGGCUCCAGAGCUUAACAGCCUCAUACAGACAUGCCAGCUACAGGCAGGCAGCCAUAUAGUCAUAACAUCAGCACAUGUUCACUUUGAUGAGACAGAUAUAGACAGCGGUAAAACUGUGAUAGUGAAGGGGCUGACAGUGACUGGGUAUGGGACCUUGCCAGGCGAUAAAGACCUGUCAAGGCUUCAGUGGGCAGAUGACUGCAGCCCCCACGAGCAGACAUGUUUACCCCUUACAUCAUCCCGGGGGUAUCACGUCAGUGUGUGGUCCACCAUGGAGAUGUGUGGGGACUGCUGGAAAAUGGAAGCAACAUUAUCGGGACUGCCAGAAGGAGUUGAGGCCAAGGAUAUAUAUGGCAUCAAGGAUCUAGCCAGGAGCUGGGGGAGUGUCCGUGCCUCCAACCCAGCACUGCUUGUCCGUGUACAAGUGAAGAGCAGGAUGAUACAUUAUGCAAAACCAUCCAAAAAUGACAAGUGGCCUUUUCAGGCCCACCUGUUGGUAGCUGACAAGACAGGGGCAUGUACUGCAGUGUUGUGGAAUGCAAUGUGUCCCCAACUGUACCAUAGCAUUAAAGAGGGGACUGUUUUGUUCCUGAGGAAAUUCACUACCAAGAAAAGCUUCAAUGUUCCGAGGAUUAAAGCAGCACUGAAGAACACCCAGUUGUUUGACAUUGACCUCAAUAUCAACAGUCACCACCCGGAGACUGAGGUCAAGGUCAUUCAUGAGUCAAGGUUACCUGAUGGAAUAGAACUGCCCAAUAGGCUGUAUAAUUUUGUGAACCGGAGACAAGUUGGGUGCCUUCCUGACAAUCACAUAUGUGACAUUGCUGGCAUGGUGACCUAUGUAGGCAGAUAUGAACGAGAACCCAUCAACAACAAGUUUGGUCGUGACACUGGUGGUUUCUGGGUGCGACGCUGGAUACAGCUACAAGAUGGCACCAGUUGCAAGCCAUUCCAUCUGCAAUUGUACAAAGUUGCCGAGAUAGCUGUAAUUGGAUUCAAGAUCAUUGACUUGGGUCUUCAGUUCUUUCAGUCUGGCAUCUUUUGGAUCUGGACCAGGAUGGCCAAUCAGGUCUGUCACCACUCUGUGUGA